AUGCAGCUUUUUCUUUCCCUAAUCGCCGGUGCAGGCCUAGCAAGCGCCAGUCUGUUCUCCACUGAAGGUUUGCUGGCCAAGCGCGACUCCUGGGGUGGAAGUGUUUCGCUGGGCCCAUCUAAAUCAACCAUCGUUAAUGCCGUGACUACUCUCAUCCCUGGAGCUGCCCCGUCCACUCAGAACGGAAUGUUAUUCCUUUGGCCCGGUAUGUCCAACGGUACUGGCGACCUGGUCCAGACUACCCUCGAAAGCUGGCCCGACAACUCCUGGUGUGGAGCUACCACUGGACAAUGGUGCGUUCGCGCAAGUGUCUUCGGAUCAUUCGGCCAGUUGGAUGGCACUGGAAGCCCUGUCAGUGGCACUGACCAGGUCCGCAUCGAAUACAACCUGGAGAGUGAUGGAGAAACCUGGAAGCAGACUGUCACCAAUGCCGCCACUGGUGCUGCUCUUUCUUCCUACUCUUACGCCUCUGGCCCAUACAUGAGAGGCUACGGCACCGGCACUGAGUGCGAUAACAGCUGCACUGGCACCGUCGCUGCCCAGCAGUACAUUGAUACCACCAUCACCCUGGCCUCAGCAGACACCACCUUCGGCGAUACUAUUGCCAGCGCAUCUGGCGCCACAUACACUGGUCUGAGCUCAAGCUCAGGCGGCAAGGUCUGGAAGAUCAGCGCCAUCAACAUCCCCGCGAUGUCCUAG